CCUGAUCCCUAGCUCUGAAAAACUAUGAAUCACUUAUCAGACUAUCCGAAAGACUCAUCUAUUUGACGAUAGAAACAAAGUUUGCAGCCUUAACGAUUAUGGAUUCUCGGAAAUCAAUUACACUUGUGCGUACGGGUAAACGGGAAUUUGUGUUUCCUACAGCCUUGCUCAGGAAGACCUGUACGAAGCUCAAAGCUAGGUUGCCUGAGGAUGAAGGGAACGUAACAUAUGUGGAUCUCACAGGGGUUGACGGAUCAGUUUUCGAAGUUCUUACCCAGUACCUCCGAACAGGCGAACUGCCAGAACUGACGAUACAGAAUGUCAUCGACGUAUAUUGCUCUGCUACGGAUCUGGGUAUCGGGAAGCUCGAAAAGAAGUGUCGGAACCACGUCUUCAGGCUGAUGUCGGCGGAGGAACAAGGACUGAUCCUGCUCACCGAAAUAGAAAAAUGUGAUUUAGGCCCUAAAGAGGAAAUGGCCAUAAUGGAACAUCUGUCUCGCCGGUUUGGCCGGGUCGUUAACAGCACCUCGUAUCUACAGCUGACUAUCGAACAAGUAAAAAAGCUUCUCGGCUACCUAAGCAUUAGAAAAAUCUAUGGACCGGACGUCCUCUAUCGAGCAGCGAUGAGGUGGCUUCAUGCGGACUGUCGCGUGCGGCAACAGUUUACAGAGGAGAUACUUAAUGCAGCUGGCCUUAACAAAGCGGGCGGAUUAUCGUCGACAUUAGUACUUUCCAUCUGUCCUACAAUAGCCAAAGAGGUCACCUACACAACUGCAGGGGAUUUUGAGACUGCGACCAAGAGCUUACACGGAAAACACAGAAAGCCUGUUGAGGUUGCAUGUAAUGGUCGAUCUACCGGUAAUGCUAAUGUCGCUCCUAGCAAAAUUCCGCGAAGUACUUCAAAAUCCAAAGAGUUAAUAACGGGACAACAUCCUGAGUAUUCCAGUGAAGAUGGUACCGAGCAUUCGGUUAAACGAAGAAGACAUAAAAAGUUAAUAAACAGAGGAAAAGGAGUUAAUUGUGACACAGCUACUAGGGACAAAAUUAAUUUAAUAAGAAAUGUUGGGGAUAGGAUUAAAAAAUUAGUGAAACCCACGUCUGAAGUUCGUUCGAAGGGCACACUUAGGAGUCUGAAGGUGAGUGCACCGCCACCAAUAAAAAUAGAAGGCUCACGGAAAAUAUCGCCAGUUCUGCCGGUUUCAGGGGAAGCUAAACGAAACAAGGAGUGUAACAUGAUGGUAAUGGCACCAUCGAAUACUUCAGCAGCCCGAGUAAGUUUUGUAGAAAAGAAAUCGCGUAGGUCAAAGCAAAGUUUGACCCACCAGGGCCUGCCAAACUCGUGCCGGCAACAGGGAGAUCACUUCCGUAGCUCAUGUGGCCACUGCAGAUGCUACAAGGAACCUAGGAGUCGUCAUCCCGACGAGAAACAUCACCUUAUAAGAACGACCUCCAAAACGAUGACUCGUGCACCACCACCAUCGAUUGAGUCGCUGAAUAAAACCUGCUUGAAGUCUAUUCUAAAACGAUCUAAAAUCACAGGGAGCAAAGGCAAGUCUCGGAAGAACUCGAAACGUCGACACCACCGUGUAAUAUUAAGCGACAUUUCACCGGCUCCGUUUGCUUCGUCAAUUAGUUCGCAAGAUUCUUACAACAAGCUUACGUGUAGCAGAAGUGACAGGAAGCGGCAUCUUUGGCAAGCUAAGAUUGACCCUCAACACGAUAUCAAGUAGUUGGAUCAGCGUUUUUUUUUAUCAAUUGUGAAUAAUAAAAUGAUAACGAUGUAAAGCUAUAAAUUAUGCCUAUAGAAAUGCUAUAGAGCCUAUAGAAAUGAUAGCACAAGCGUAAAGAACAUAUCAUCGAGUUUCUUUUCUUAGGUUUUUUCUUU